AUUAUUUGUCGGAAGUUCGGAAAUCGGAAGUGUCAUUUUAAAGGGUGCAAUAAGCUGCUGACCCUCAAAUAUUUCAACGAUGGGGUUGUCACAAAGGCAGAGAGAAGAGCUCCAUAAAGCUAUUGCUAGUUAUUUUCAUGAAAACGGUUUGCUGGAGAGUCUGGAAGCUUUUCAAAAAGAAACGAAUAUGCAAGAGUUAGAUAAUGAAAAGAAGUUCACAGGACUCCUAGAGAAAAAAUGGAUAUCCGUCUUACGUUUACAGAAAAAGGUAAUGGAUUUGGAGAAUCGACUUAGUGAAGCCGAAAAAGAGAUGACUGGUGGCUUGCCAACAAAGGAGAAACGUCAGCCUGCGGAAUGGAUCCCGAGACCACCAUUCCUUUACAGUCUCACUGGUCAUCGCGCCCCAAUCACUCGAGUUAUAUUUCAUCCUGUUUACAGUGUCAUCGUAUCUGCUAGCGAAGAUGCUACAAUAAAGAUAUGGGACUAUGAUAGUGGUAGAUGCGAGAGAACACUGAAGGGGCAUACAGACGCCGUUCAAGAUAUCGCCUUUGAUCCUCAGGGGAAGAUUCUCGCCUCGUGUUCAGCUGAUUUAUCGAUUAAAUUAUGGGAUUUUGUGGGUCAUGAAUGCAUAAGAACCUUACAUGGUCACGAGCACAAUGUAUCAAGCGUAGCUUUUAUGCCCCGUGGUGACAUGCUGAUUUCUGCGUCAAGAGACAAAACUAUUAAAAUGUGGCAGCUUGAUACAGGACAUAACGUUUUCACAUAUUUUGGACAUACCGAUUGGGUUCGAAUGGUUCGCAUUAGCGACGAUGGUAGCAUGCUAGCGUCUUGCUCCAGUGACCAAACUGUUAGAAUAUGGGUUGUAGGACAAAAGGGCUGCAAAAGCGAGCUUAGAGAUCACCAGCACGUUGUAGAAUGUGUUGCAUGGGCGCCAAGUGUCUCAAAUCCUUCCAUCAGUGAAGGAGCAGCUUUAAGUUCAGAUAAGAAUGGUCGUUACGUAGCGUCAGGAAGUAGGGAUAAAUUGAUAAAAAUAUGGGACGUAAAUAGUGGUGCAUGCGUGAUAACUCUGGUCGGCCAUGAUAACUGGGUUCGUGGCAUCGUCUUUCAUCCUGGAGGUAGAUACCUGUUAUCUGCUUGCGAUGAUAAAACUUUACGUGUUUGGCUACUUAAGUCGAAGAUGAAUAUCAAAACGCUCGACGCUCAUACUCAUUUCUGCACGUCACUUGAUUUUCAUCCGAGUAACCCCUUCAUUGCUACUGGAAGCGUCGACGAAACAGUGAAGGUGUGGGAAUGCCGUUAA